AUGCACCCGGCGAUGUACGUCCCGGCCGAUGGGAUGAUCUACUGUCCGAUAGCCAAGGUGGCUUGUGCGGAAUGGCGGAAGACGCUGAGAUGGAUGCUCGGGAUACCGGACUGGGAUACGGGACCAAUACACGACCAGGGCAAGAACGGAAUACCGCUGCUUGCCCGGAGAAAGGCCCGCGACAUCGAGCUUAUGAUGAACGACGAUAGCUGGCUCAAGUUUGUCGUGGUGCGAGAUCCGGCUGACAGGCUGCUGUCGGCUUUCUUGAACAAGUGCUUGGGAGGGGAGUGGCAGAACUGCCCGUACACGGAGUUCAUGCCGCAGCGUUUCCCCGGGGUAUCGAAACGCGAUGCCGCAACAGACACCAAAUUCCGCGCGGCGAUGAACGACGAGCCGCGAAAGGUCUUCCGCGACUUCAUGCUCGGGGUGCGAAGGGACGUGAGGCUGACGGGUUGCAAGGUCAACUCGCACUGGCGGCCUCAGCACUGCUUCUGCUCGAUCGCCCGGUUCAGAGAGUCGUACCACGUGGUGCCCUUCGCGAACAUGUCGACGGAGGCGGUGAACCUGGUGGAUCACAUGCGGAGGCCUUCCCCGGACCGUGCGGAGCUGCUGAGGGAGUUCAUAGUGCAGCGGUUCAGCAGCAACCAGGACGCGAAGGCGCAGGGUGCCACCAGCAAGAGGGAGAGGUACUUCUCGCAGGAGGCGCUGGACGUCAUCAAGAUGGUGUACGGCAAGGACUACUCUCUCUUUGGCGAGUACUUCGAGGAGCACUCCGCUUCAAGGUUGCAAUAG